AGUUAGUAUAAAUUUACAGAAGAAAUAAAAUACGCUCGAUUGAACAAAACAUAAGUGAAUUUACAGGGAGAGGAGUCGUUUCAUUUUAUUAAAGACCAUGCCUGGAAGCGGUUUGAGAGGCGCAAUAGCUCGAAGUUUUAUCAAUUUUUUUCUUCUUUUAUUGAAAAGUUUAGAUUUUAAUCUUUAAGUAGUAUGUCAAAUUUUCCACCUCCUGCAUCCGCCCUCGGAGGAAGAGACCCCUUUGAAACUGGAACCACCAAACGAAUAAGGGAUAGGAUGGGAAGAGAAAAGAAAACCGAAAUGGGCGAUAAAAAGAAAAAGGAAAAGAAAAAAAUUGAAACUAAGGGAAGCGAAAUGAGAGAACCGCCAGUCUCUUUACAAGUUCCUACUGUUGAGCCUAUUUCCCAUUAUGUUACUCUUGAAGGGCCUGCAAAUGCUCUUGCUACAAACAAGGAUGCCUCUCAAGUUGUUGUGGCUGGAAGAAAUGUUUUUAAAAUUUUCAAUGUUGAAUCUACAAGAUUUGUUGAAAAACUGAAUCUUCGUACUGGAAAAAAUGUUGAUCUUAGUUAUAGUUGUGCAGAUGUGGUUUGGAAUCCAGUGGAUGAUGCAGUUCUUGCAACUGCAGCAACAAAUGGCUCAGUUGUUACAUGGAAUCUCAGUUCAUCAUAUAAGCAAGAAAUGAAAUUUCAAGAUCAUAAAAGAACUGUUAAUAAAGUCUCUUUCCAUACUACUGAACCCCAUUUUUUAUUAAGUGGCUCUCAAGAUGGUACUAUGAAACUAUUUGAUUUACGAAAAAAAGAAGCAACAAGUACUUUUUAUAGUCAGUCAGAAAGUGUUAGAGAUGUACAGUUUUGUCCCCAUCAUUACUUCUCAUUUGCUGCUGUUCAAGAGAGUGGCUAUGUUCAGUUAUGGGAUCUACGAAGAACUGAUCGCUUUGAGCGUCAAUUUGCUGCUCACAGUGGUCCUGUAUUUACUUGUGACUGGCAUCCAGAAGAGAAAUUUAUGUUUGCAACAGCUGGAAGAGAUAAAACAAUCAAGAUAUGGGAUACAAGUUACAAAGAAAAUUUGGAACAUUGCAUACAAACCAUUGCAUCUGUAUCUAGGGUUAAGUGGAGGCCUAACAAAAAGCAUCACAUUGCCAGUAGCUCAUUAGUUGUUGAUUUCACUGUUAAUGUUUGGGAUGUAAGGCGGCCAUAUGUGCCCUUUGCAUCUUUCUGUGAACAUAAGGAUGUUGCUACAGUUUGUAAUUCAUCAACAGGUUUUGCUUGGAGGACUCAUGAUCUUCUGCUUACUACUAGCAAAGACUGCACUUUAUAUCAGCACACAUUUAAGGAUGCCUCUCGACUAGCUGAUCGUGCAAAUCCUGUUGGUUUGGACAUUAAUCCGCGUGGUGAUAUGUCAUAUGCUUACAAUCAGAAUAUUUUCAAAGAUUGUACUCUUAACGUCAAAGGACCAACCCAAGCUCCAAGAUUAUUACAUAUUGGAAGGAAAUUACCAUCAAUGCAAGAAAGAUUUCGAUCAUCUUUAAGUGCAUUAACAGUUUUGAUGAAUGGGCAUGAGUCUUUAAAGAUGGACUGGUUUAUUGAAACUGCAAAAAGAUAUUCACUACAUGGCAAAUCAUUACCUGAUCUCUGUGAACAUAAUGCGAAUGUAGCAUCUCAGCUGAAUCGCCCUCAAGUAGCACAAACUUGGCUGAUAUUGAAAUUGCUAUACACAUCUGGAUCAAUACUCAUGUCUGAGUAUUCUCACAUGAUGACACAAGAUAAGCUACCAGAUGAUAAAGUUCCAUACACAGUAUUGGAAACAUCUCAAGACAGCAUGGUAAAACAUUCUGUACGCAUCAAUAAUGGAACCACAUAUCGUAACCAUCACAAUAGCAGCAAAUCAGGAAGUCGUCAUGUGAGUGGUGGCAGCCACGUUGCUGGCGAGAAAGGAACUGCUGAAAAUCCUGAGGAUGAUUCGGAUUCUGGAAACACAGAGCAUGAAAACACUAUAACCUAUUUCUCCAGUGAAUUUGUACAGGGUGAUUUCUACUUUGGUGAUGGUGAAGCUGAUUAUUUUCGUGUAUUGGACUUCACUCAGAUGUCUACAAUGCCAACAGAAGAAGACUGGACAUUGCCAAGAGAAGCCUUCAAUUUGCGUCAUCCUUUAGGUGAUGGAUCUCCACCUCCAGAAAUUGCAAACAUACCCAAUUCUCCCCUCUGUGCUGCAGAAGAAUUGUCUGAUCGUGAUUUUGGAGGUAAUGAAGAAGAGGAACAAAAUAUGAUGUUAGCUUUGUGCAGUACACCUAAAUUUCCUGCUUGGGAUUUCUCUGGCCAUGUUGCUGAUAUGUUAGAAUUUUAUGCAGAACAGGGAGAUGUGCAAAUGGCUGUUUCUGUCCUACUUGUUCUGGGUGAUAAAGUAAAAAAUGUUGUGAAAGAGAGCUUACAAGAACAGUGGUUUCAUUCAUAUCUAGAAUUAUUGAGUCAUUUUAAAUUGUGGAACAUUUCUAACGAAGUGAUAGCUUUGAGUAGUCUUCCUGCCAUAAAUUCUAUGAACCAGCAAUCAACAAUUGUACACACACUUUGUGGGAAUUGCAAUAAAUACUUGAACUCAGUAGGAUGGUUUUGUAAUACUUGUAAAGAAAUGUCUGUAUGUGUUAUCUGUCAUCAAAUUGUACGAGGUGUGUAUGUUUGGUGUCAAGGUUGUGCCCAUGGUGGUCAUUUGCAGCAUUUACAAGAAUGGUUUAAAGAAACACCUGAAUGUCCUACUGGAUGUGGUCAUUUAUGUGAAUUUACAUAACAUAAAGGUGAUAAUUAAUGUAAAUUUGUAAAUAUAUUUUGGUACUGAAUAACUACAGAAUGUUCCUAUGUUUUAAAUUAUAAUAUCUAAAUCUAGUUUUGGCAUAAAAUGAAGUAUAAGUUAUUUUUAUUGUUUUACAUGCAUUUGCCUAGCAUUGAUAAACCAUUGGCAUUUGAAUAUAUUUAUUUGUAGACUUUUAAUUAGAGCAAUGUUUUAUAUGCACUGAUUCAUUUAGCAUUGCUUUAAUUUUAAUAGAAAAUGAUUUUCACAUUUAAUUUGUAAAUGUGAUAUAAUAAUUUACUUUAAUAGGACUUAAAUUAAGUUCUACUGAAAACUUUGCAGUUUGUACUGCCAUAUUUUAUUAAACUUAUUUUUGUGUAUCUGAUAGACUAUUAUUAUAAAUUUCUGAUCUCAUUAAUCUUUUGAUCUUCUGUUGAGGUGAUGUCAAAUUAAUCAUAUGAUUACAUACCAGUUGCUUCAUAUCAUUCUACGUCAUCAACUGGUUUAUCAGUUUAUAUUGUAAAAUAUGAAAUAAAGCUAGACUUUGUAUGCCAUCAUAAAAUUUAAAUAGUUGUGUUAAAUGGUUUUGUUAAAAUGCAUAUGUUUUUUUCUUAAAUGUGUAUGUCUUCUUCCUAAACAGGGUGUUUUUACCAACAACAUUUUGUAUUUCAUUUUUUUUAAUAAUUGUUUGCCCUCACAAAAUAUCUAAAUAUCAUAAAGUGUGUGAAAAUAUUUGGAAAGAAAUAUAUUUAUUUACAAAUGCAAUACAAUAUAUACAGUACAAUAUAUUUAUUGUACUAACUAUUAAUUAGUUUUUAUAACCAUCAAUUACUAAUGUAUGUAUUGGUAUUGCCCAAAUGUUUUAUGAGAUAUCCAGUUGUUUAUAGGAUUAUCUAUUUUUGUUUUUACUUGAACUAAUUGUGGAGUGUUUUUAUUUUUUGUAAGUGAAAAUAUUCUUUUUCUUGACAUGGAUAAAACAAAGCAUAUAGUGGAAUAAGGUCCAUUGUGUGAAAUAGUGAUUAAAUUCUGAGAUGUAAUAUGACCUUCCUUGUAAGGCCUUAAAUUUAAUGAGACAUGAAAAAGACAUUUACAUUUUUUAGAACUUUUUUUAAAAUAUUUUCCUUCUAAUCUUUAAUGCUCUUACUAUUGAUCUUUAGCUGUAUUUAGCAAAAUUAUUAGAUACUCUAUAUGAAUUAAAUUAUAUCAAAAAGAAUUUCUGUAUACAAAUUUACAUCCAUAAUAGUAUCAUCUUAAAUCAAACCAAAACAAAUUUUUACUAUUAUUUAAUUUAAAUUGUAUUUUAGUAAAUUUGAUAAAACUUUCAACCCUACAGGUUCCUAUAUUUAAUAAUAAUGAACUGGAAAUACUGUACAUGACUUUUAAAUAAUCUGCUAGGAAUUGUUGAUCUCGUUAAUUGCAAGAACUUGAAUAUCUUUAAAAAGAUACAUUGAAUUGAAUUCUGCAAAGGAAUUGAAUUGAAAUGUUGGGAGGAUUAUAUUGGCUACUAAAUGGGUGUGGAUACAUAAACAGACUGCCAUGGAAUAACUAAGGAUUACUUCUGAGGAAAAUAAAUUUCUGUAUUAGAGUUCUGAUUUUAUAUUAAGUUAAUUGUACAUCUUGAUAUAAGGUGAAUAUUGUGAGAUUCUUUUAAACCUUAGGUAUUUAUUUUACUAUCUCAUUAAUGUGAUUGUUCAGCCACAUGAAGAGGGAAUAUAUAUAUAUAUAUAUA